CAUGUAUGUUAAAGUGAGGAGUGUACCCGAGGAGUUUCCUUUUUAUUUAAAUGAGUUUCUUGUUGAGAAGUUCCCUUUGUCUUGGUGUUCCGAGCCUGUGCAAGCUUUAGACGUGGAUGAUAGGUCGGUUGAUGAUCAACUUGUGAUGGAGUUUCUGUUUGAGAAGUUGGGCCCAAAGGGGUUGCUAUCUGUGUCCGAAUUGUUAAAAUGGGAUUCUGAUAGAGAGGCGGUUCUGAGAUAUCUAGGUGAGAAGGUGCCUACGAUUACUACUGCUGGUUUGAAGUCAUUCUUCAAUCAGCGGAAGAAGGCUGAGAAGGAGAGCUCGGCUACCAAUGCUGAUAAAGGCCCUGUGAUUCAGCCCGAGGCUGCUCUUAAGUCUAAACGAAAGAGGGGUUUUGCGAAAGAAAAAUUUGCUGAGGCUUUCCUGAAGGAAGGGGAGUCUUCUGUGGAGCUUCAGUGAGUGGAGUCUGCUUAUGAGUCUCAAAAAAGAUUGCAUGGCUAUUCGGAAGAUGUUCAUUGUCGUUCAUUAUGGGGAAAAUUGUAUCCUUUUUCUGUCAUGGCUGAUGAGCUUUGUUGCUUCCCGGAUGAUAUGAAGAUGGUCGAGGAUGUCGGCCAUGUAGGAGUGAG